AUUGAAUUUUUCGUCUCAAUUGAGGAUGCGGUAUCACUCCAUAAAAUUACGUUACACUGUUGAACGUGGAAUAUGUGAACCACGUGUUUAGUCAGGCCACACGGUACCAUCUACUACUAGGAGAAAAAAAAAAGUAUAGAAAACCGGAAAUCGUGAGUUCGUAGAGAUUUUUCGACACAUACCAAAUAAAAGUAAUUAAUGACUCAAAAUAACCGAAGAAGAAAAUGCACAAAAUAAAAAAAAUGACAACUGACUAAAAACCAGUCGUUAGUAAUCUUGCCGUGUCAAUAAUUGGGAGUAAUUAUUAUAACAUGUCAGCGGUGCAGCCCCUGUCGAACGGACUCCUCAACGGGUUCGCUCCAGACGAAAAGGUGCCACCCGAAGGAGGAAUCGAUGGAUACUGUCCAGCAAGUCCUACAGGAAGAGAAGGACCUAAUCAGAUCCUCCGAGCAGACGUUGACACGACCCACGAGGCGAACGGACGAGUGAGAAUAAAAGCAAAUCCCGAGGAUGGUCCAGUGGUUCCAUUAUCAGUCCCAGGACUUCUGAUGAGAGUAGCUAAGCACUACCCAGAUCGUCCAGCACUAAUCGCCCGAGUUGGAGUAAACGGAUCACGUGAGACGUGGACAUACAGGGAUUACGAGAGAGACGUGAGAACCGUGGCCAAGGCGUUUUUGAAAUUAGGAUUGGAGAGAUACCACAGCGUUGCAAUUGUGGGAUUCAAUUGCCCCCAGUGGUUUAUCGGUGAUUUGGCUGCUAUUUACGCUGGUGGUUUGGCUGCUGGAAUUUACACCACCAAUUCUCCAGAUGCUUGCCAGUACUGCGCCAGCCACAGUCGUGCUAAUAUUAUUCUCGUUGAGGAUCACAAACAGCUAGAGAAAAUACUGAGCAUCAAGCACAACUUGCCGCACUUGAAAGCUAUUGUUCAAUUUGAGGGAGUACCCAAGGAGAAGAAUGUACUGAGUUGGGAUGAGCUCCUUGAGAUCGGUAAAUCCGAGUCUGAUGACAGACUCGAGGGAGUCCUGAGGUCUAUUGGAAUUAAUGAGUGUUGCACUCUUGUUUAUACAUCGGGGACUGUCGGUCGUCCUAAAGCGGUGAUGCUAAGCCAUGAUAAUCUUAUUUACGACGGUAUGACUAUCAAACAAGCUUUGCCACCCUACGAUGGAAUUGAAAAUGUCGUUAGCUAUUUGCCUCUGUCCCAUGUGGCUGCACAGGUAAUCGAGAUAUUUACGAGUAUGUGGAUGGGAGCGACAGUUUAUUUCGCUGAUAAAAAUGCUUUGAAAGGCAGUCUGGUGGAGACUCUGGCGUAUGCCCGACCAACGGCCUUCCUGGGUGUUCCAAGAGUCUGGGAGAAGAUCUACGAGAAAAUGAUGAUUGUUGCGCGUAAUAAUGGGCCAAUUAAGACGUGGAUAGCGACGUGGGCGAAAAAUCAGGGCCUCUACUACAAUAUGAAUAAGAUGAACGGAGUGGAUUAUAAGAGCUGGGGCUAUUUGAUUGCCAAGUGGUUGGUAUUCAACAAAGUCAAGGCCACCCUGGGUCUGGACAGGUGUAGAAUGACGGUGACAGCAGCUGCACCACUCAGUAUUGAGAUAAAAAAGUAUUUCAUGAGCCUCGAUAUUCCGGUGAUGGAUGCAUAUGGCAUGUCAGAGUGUGCUGGUGCUCACUCACUCUGUGUCACUGAUCAGUACAAAUUGGGAAGUGUUGGAAAGACGCUGAAGACAUUUAAAACGAAAUUGGAUAAUCCUGAUAAUACAGGUGAGGGAGAAAUCUGCAUGAGGGGACGUCACGUUUUUAUGGGGUACCUGGGGGAGCCAGAGAAGACGAGAGAGGCGAAGGAUGAUGAUAAUUGGCUCCACAGUGGAGAUUUGGGAAGAAUCGAUGGUCAGGGGUACCUUUAUGUCACUGGGAGGAUCAAGGAACUGAUAAUCACUGCUGGUGGUGAAAAUAUUCCUCCGGUUCCGAUUGAAGAGGCACUUCUUAAGGAAUUACCUGCGCUCAGCAAUGCUAUGCUCGUUGGCGAUAUGAAGAAAUUUCUUACGAUUCUUGUGACUCUCAAGACUAAUAUGGAUCCAGACACUGGGGGACCACUCGAUACUCUUUUUCCAUCGACAAAAUCGUGGGCGAAAUCUGUCGGGAGCAAAGCUACCACUGUCUCGGAAAUAAUUCGCACACAGGAUCCUGCUAUUUAUAACGAGAUUGAGAAGGCCAUGGACAGGAUGAAUCUUCAGGCCACCAGCAAUGCACAGAAGGUACAGAAAUUCAGGAUUCUUCCUCAUGAUUUUUCUAUUCCCACUGGUGAGCUUGGACCCACGCUCAAGCUUAAGAGGAAUAUUGUUCUGAAGCAAUAUCAAGAGCUCAUUGAUGAGAUGUAUAAGUAAUUGGAAGGCCAUUCUCUUUUUUGAAGAAAAGAUUUUUUUUUGAUAAUGGUCAUUUUCAUAUAAUAAAAUUGUAUGGAAGUUAAUUAAUUAAUUGAAGUUAUGGGGAAAUUGUUUUUGAAAUUUAUGGAUAUUUAAUUGCGAGGCGUAUUGCAAAUUUCAGGAAUAAUUUUCCAAAAUGAUUUAUGGAAAUUCGAUUGAACGGGACAUUGCAAACUUCGGAAAGAAUUUUUCAAUGGUGAAGUAUUUAUUUUGCAUAAUUAGUUUGUUUCGUGGAAGAUAUUGGAAUUGGGGGGGAUAUUUCGCCAGACGAACAGCCAGAGAUGAUUAAUUAAUUACUCACUAGUGGAAAGUUCUUUGAGGUAAUCGAGAAGAUUUUGCUUCUCUGUAUAUUGUGGAGUUGUUAGAUGAUUUCUAAACAAUUAUUGUGAAUUACCAUUCCAUUCGUCAUUAAUUAUCACUAAUGAAUGGUGGGGUAAGCCAAAUUAUUAUUUAUAAUCUCGGAAAUCCUUUCGCGCUGUGUAAAUUGCUGGGGAAAUGUGUAAAUACAGAGACUGGGAGUUCUCUGACCAUCGAAAUGUAUGGCAAAAACAUGAGGGAAUGGUCCUUUCUUUUUAUUGUAAAAAAAAAUAUUAGCUGUUUUUUUUUGUAAGAUUAAAAGAUUAGUUGGGCGAAUGAAUACUUAAGUAAUACUAAGAAAGUGCCUUUUGACAGCUGGAAGACGGAAAAAUAAUAGUUAUUUUUUUUCGUAAACCGGAACUUCACUUGAGAAUUGAUUAAUGAAUUAAUCGUAAUUAAUUCAUUAUAGUUGGUCAUGAUAAAGGUACUUAUUCCAGUGAAUUGAAGUGAAACAGAUGGAGAUUUUUUGCUGCUCUUGGAUUGAUAAACAUAAUUGAAGAAAUGUGAUAUGUGUAUUUAUCAUUGAUUAUUUUGAAAAAUAAUGCAUAACAUCCGAGUGAAGUCCACAGUAGAUACAAUGAAUACAUUGAGGUGCAUAUGGAAUAUACUUGUAGUUAAUUAUGAUUUUUCAUUAGGAAAAUUGGGAUAAUUACAUUGAUAGGGUGACAAUAAACAUGAUUUAAGUUUUUGGUUUAUUUUUUCAUUUUGCGGAGAUGACAGGCACUUUUGUAUUUGCCAUAAUCGAGUGGUGAAAAGUUGUAUAUAAUGUAUUUAUAAUAAAAGUGAUGCAACAAAG